AUGAGCAUCAUGGAAUACAACGGCGGUAGUGUGGUGGCGGCCAAAGGCAAGAACUGCGUCGUCAUCGCUUCCGAUCUGCGACUCGGCCAGCAGGCCAUGACCGUCGCCUGCAACUUUGACAAGGUCUUCCGCGUCACCGAAAAGACAUACGUUGGUCUGCCAGGCUUGGCAUCCGAUGUUGCGACACUCAAGGAACGCUUCCGAUACCGUGUUAACAUGUACAAGAUGAAGGAGGAGCGCGAUAUCGAGCCCGAGAUCUUCGCCCACCUCGUCAGCUCCACCCUCUACGAGAGAAGAUUCGGCCCCUACUUCAUCGAGCCAGUCAUUGCCGGUAUCAACUCGAAAGACGAACCCUUCAUCGCAGCAUCAGACGUCGUAGGAUGUCUCAACUUUGCAAAGGACUUUGUGGUCAGCGGCACAGCGGCCGACAAGCUCUUUGGUAUGGCAGAAGGUCUUUGGGAGCCCGAUCUCGGACCCGAGGAGCUCUUUGAAACUGUGGCCCAGAUUCUGCUUGGAGCUCUUGAGCGUGACGCAUUAUCAGGGUGGGGCGCCAUCGUCCGCAUCAUUACACCGGACAAGGUCAUCGAAAGGACUCUCAAGGCCAGGAUGGAUUGA